AUGUACCCGCCGGAGGCGACCGGUGUGGCGCCGUUUGGCCCGCGCAAUCCGAUCGCGUCUGCGUCGGCGCCGGAGGCCCGCAUGACGUCCUUCGUCGCGUCGCAGCCCAACGCAUCAGUGGUGCGGCAGAGCAGCAUCGUCAUCCCAAGCGCGCUCGGCGAGAAGGAGUUCGAGAUCGUCGUGAUGCCGCGCGACGAGUACGAGCGGAACUACGGUCCAAAAGAUAAUGAUGACACGGCACAGUGA